AUGUCAUGGCUGGCAAAAUCAUUCGCGAAUCUGAUCGCGAAGGACGAGGACGAGGAUGGAGAUGAUGGCGGCGACCGUAGGAGAGAUGGCGGUGAGCAGACAUCGGGAGGGGAGAGCAAGGUUUUACCUCCAGCGGCGGCGGAGUCUGAUGGAGGUGAGGGAUCGGGAGAGUUGAAUCAGGGAAGGGGGGUCAAGGAGGACCUCUCGGAGCUUUCCAAGACCCUCACCCGCCAGCUAUGGGGUGUCGCCUCCUUCCUGGCCCCUCCUCCGACGGCAUCCCCCCAGCCGCCGAGCCCCUCCUCCGCCUCAUCCCCCGAUGGCGAUUCCCACCGGACCGAUCGCGACUUCGGUUCCAAUGUUCCUCAUCCCACGUUAUCACCGGAGUCGGCGAAUCCUGACCUUGUGGACGAUUCGCCGAAGAUCGCGGGAAUCCGGAGUGACUUCGCGGAGAUCGGUGGGAGAUUCCGCAGUGGGAUCUCGAAGCUGUCCAAUACGAAGGCUGUCUCGGAGAUAUCCAAGAUAGCAUCUAGUUUUCUUCAGUUUGGUUCUGAUGGGGAGGAGGAAGAGAUGGAGGACGAGCAGGGCUUGGAAAAUAAGUACGGCAACAGCGGCAUUGGAGCCAUUGGUGUUACCGAGGAGGUUUUGACCUUUGCGAGGAACAUCUCUAUGCAUCCAGAAACGUGGCUCGAUUUCCCUUUGUUCCCCGACGACGAAACUGCGGAUGGUACGUGAUCCCUGAUUUACCAUAUGCAUUUGUGUGAUUCCUAAUCAUUGGGAGCUUGCUCUUGCGUCUUCAUAUGCAAAUAUUCUUCAUACCUCCCUAUAAAGAACCAAUGUCAUAAUUUAUCUGCGCGUUGAAGGGCUUAUGCUGCUACUUUGGCGGACUGUGCAUUGAAUUGGGGUUUGGGGGGUGGAGGUUGGGUGUGAUCAUGAGGCCUCUACCCAACAAUUCGGCAGCCAUGGUUAACCUGAGCUGCUAAGUUAGUAUGGUGAACAUACUAUCUUCUACUUGCCUUUGUGUGAGGUUUAUAGUUUAUAGAAAAUGUCCAAAUGGUGUGGCUCACAUAAAUUCCUGAACCUUUGAUGUGUGAAAUAUCUGUUUCAGAAUGAAGAAUUCUCGGAAUAUUCGGAUCCUCUAGAGUUUUUUUUUUUUUUCUGGGAUUUCAUUAGGAAACAUGCACGAUUUCAUGUGAGACUAUUGGACUUCCAAUACUCAUUGACUUGUGUUUAGGCCCCUCGAGUUUUUUCGUAGUAUAAAAAAGAUGAAAUAGAUUAACACAGCCAACCAAGAAUGAAAGGACAUGCUACCUAUAGCAGCCCUUUGCUGUGAUUUAUUUCUUGGGCAGAUGUGAGGACUCUCUUUCGGUAUUUGUUUCUUGACAAUCUCUUUGUUUUGUUGCUACUAGACCUUAUUUACUGAAGAAUACUGAUUUUUAUGACGGUGACAAGAGCAAUGAAUCUGCAGGAGUGAUACAUUUUUCUUUCCAUAUAUGGAUGGCCAAUUUAUCUUGUAAACUAGAUAGAGCUUCAUCAGAAAAUUACGAGCCAUUCUAGGAAGGUGGAAUCCCAUUUUAGACCAUCUUGUUAGAUAAUCUUGACCCACAAACAAGAUUCAGGUAAGCAAGGAUUGAAGAACAGUCAAACGUGAUGAAUGUACACUAAAUAGGCAUGGCCAACUGACUUAGUUAUUGCUAUUUUGAUUCAAAUUAUUAAUUCCUGUCUAUAUGUUUUAUGUGCAUAUUUUGUAUGUUUAUGUCAACGCAUAGACUGAUCAGGCAGUGUGAUCAAACCGAGCUUUCAGUCUUGUUUAUAGUAGUAUCAUUUCAUGGGCAAGAUGCUUUUAUGCGGAACUUCAUUCAUUGAUCCUGAUUUUGUGUUGAACCCCGUAGAAUAUAUGUCCCAUCAAACCUUCUGUGAACUCCACCUGGUGUUUAUGUUAUUUCAUCGGGCAUGGAGUACGAGCAUGUUUCUGGGGACUUACUGGCAUAUAUUUAGCAUCUAAACGAGAAAAAAUCUAGCGAAAAAUCGAAUAUCUGUUUUUUCCAAAUCUUUUUUUUUUAAGAAUAAUCCCUUGUUUCACGAACUGAAUCACUGAUAUUUUCCUAUAAUUGCGUGCUCUGUAUUUAUUUUCCUUUAGGAUCAUCCGAAAAUAUUGCGAGGCAUUCUCACAAGAUAUAUCUGUUCCAUUUCCUUCUGGGACCUCUUUUGGCUAUCAUUUUUUUUUUUCUAUUCGUAGCUUUUUCAGUGAUUUCGAAUAUUUUUGUCUGAUUUUUCCUUUUUUUUUUCUUUAAGAUCACUUUUAUUGCUGAUUCCGUGAUCUCCGGAAGAUGUGAAUUUUUUUCAUUUGUUCGAAUUAAUAAUGUUGUAUGAUCUUUGAUUCAGUCCAUUCACUCCGAUUUAAUCGUUUCCUCUGACAUAAUUGUGAAACCAAAGAAGUUUAUCUUGCUUGGAUUGGUCUUCCCCAAGUAUAAUAACUCUCUCUCUCUCUCUCUCCUUCUCUCUCUCUCCUUCUCUCUCUCCCUCUUUCUCUGACUCUGUGUGUGUGUCUCUCUCUCUGUGUGCAAGGAACCCCGUGUCAUCGUCUUUUCUUACAUUCAACUGAAGAAUUGAUUUAGUUGUAAGCAUAAUAUGAGAUAAAGUCAAACGUUGGAUGAGCGUGGUUCAUUUGGUUACUAUCAUGCAUCUGAUCCUCCCUCGUGUCUUGUUUGUUCCAUCAGAUUUCGACAUGUCUGAUCCGCAGCAAGAGCAUGCAUUUGCCGUUGAACAACUUGUUCCAAGACUGGCGGCUCUGAGAAUCGAACUCUGCCCUGGCCAUAUCAGUGAAGGAUGCUUCUGGAAGAUUUACUUCGUUCUUCUUCAUCCCAGGCUCAGUAAACACGACGCCGAGCUUCUGUCCACGCCCCAGGUAAGUCCUCUGCUCACGAUUCUUCCGGUUUCAACGUUUUCUCACUAUUCCGAUUCUCCGAUGCAUCGAUCCGAUCCUUUCUUCUUCUUCUUCUUCUUCUUCUUACUAUCUGGAAGUUCUGAUUGGAUCGAAACUCUUGGUUUUCGAUGCAUCUGAGACUGGAUCCGUCCAUUACAGAUCGAGAUCUAAGAAGCUUCCCCUGACGAUCACCCUCCUUGCUUAAUCUCUUCGAACCUCCGUACAGAUUGUGGAAGCCAGGGCUCUGCUGCUACAGGACUUGCAGAAUCGGACGAAAUCUUCCGCCGGCGACUGGUCCGCGUCGUCGAAGAAGGAAGAGGCCCCGACGGAGGAGGACGAAUCCUCGAGCGAUCCCGAGACCGUGAAGCAUCCUGUCCUCUCCGCGGAGAUGAGAAUCGUCGACAAGUCCGUCAUCGAAGAAGACGCCGCUCCGAUCCACCGCGGGAAGGACAUCGCGGCGGAGGUCUCCCCGGCGCCGGCGGAGAAAUAUGAAGACAAUGGGGACGAGUGGCCGGAAGACGAGACCACCGCCGUCGAGAUCGCCAGUGCGAGGAUCGCCUCCGUCCCGAUAGCUGACGACGAGGACGUCUCCUUUAGUGACCUCGAGGAGGACGACGACGAUAGCCCGCCGCCGCCGCCGCCGCGCGCCGCCGGCGAUCCUCCGGCGACGGCCUCUAAGGACGGGAAGCCGAUCGCCCUCGACGCGAAAGAAUCCAACGAAUGGUCCGAUCUCGACGACAUCGACGCGAUCUGA